AAAGUGUUCAGAAGCAUCGCCGCCCGUCACAGCAGCAGCAGCAAGAAAAACGUGUCACCGUGCUAGUAACAGCAGCCGUGUUCGUGAAGUGUGAUUGUUCUGUUUUCACUCAACGGGGAAUCAAAAAAGUGACCAAAUCAGAAUGUUCCGACUACCGGCAGUGAUGCGUUGUGCGGCGGCCCGCCAGGUGGCUUACCGCGGCUAUGCCAAGGACGUUCGCUUUGGGCCGGAGGUGCGCGCCCUGAUGCUGCAGGGUGUGGACGUGCUGGCCGAUGCCGUGGCCGUGACGAUGGGCCCGAAGGGUCGUAACGUGAUUCUGGAACAGAGCUGGGGCUCACCGAAGAUCACCAAGGAUGGCGUGACGGUGGCCAAGGGCAUUGAGCUCAAGUGCAAGUUCCAGAACAUCGGCGCCAAGCUGGUUCAGGACGUGGCCAACAACACGAACGAGGAAGCCGGUGACGGAACGACCACCGCAACCGUGCUGGCCCGUGCCAUCGCCAAGGAGGGCUUCGAGAAGAUCUCCAAGGGUGCCAACCCGGUGGAGAUUCGUCGCGGUGUCAUGCUGGCCGUCGAUGCCGUCAAGGACCAUCUGAAGUCGCUGUCGCGAACGGUGACCAGCCCCGAGGAGAUUGCCCAGGUUGCGACCAUUUCCGCCAACGGAGACCGCGCCAUCGGAGAUCUGAUCAGCGAAGCCAUGAAGCGCGUCGGAAAGGACGGCGUCAUCACCGUCAAGGACGGCAAGACGCUGAUCGAUGAGCUGGAAGUCAUCGAGGGCAUGAAGUUCGACCGCGGAUACAUUUCGCCGUACUUUAUCAACUCCAGCAAGGGCGCCAAGGUGGAGUUCCAGGACGCGCUGGUCCUGUUCUCGGAGAAGAAAAUCUCUACCGUCCAGUCGAUCAUUCCGGCGCUGGAACUGGCCAACGCCCAGCGCAAGCCGCUGGUCAUCAUUGCCGAGGACAUUGACGGUGAAGCGCUGAGCACGCUGGUCGUCAACAGGCUGAAGAUUGGUCUGCAGGUCGCUGCCGUGAAGGCGCCCGGCUUCGGUGACAACCGCAAGAGCACCCUGUCCGACAUGGCCAUCAGCACCGGUGGAAUCGUGUUCGGCGACGAUGCCAACCUGGUCAAGCUGGAAGAUGUGCAGCUGUCGGACCUCGGACAGGUCGGCGAAAUCUCCAUCACCAAGGACGACUGCAUGCUGCUGAAGGGCAAGGGCAACGCCGAUCACGUCUCGGCCCGCGCUCAGCAAAUCCGCGACCAAAUCGAAGAAACUACCUCCGAGUACGAGAAGGAGAAGCUCCAGGAACGUCUGGCCCGUCUGUCUUCCGGUGUGGCCGUCCUCAAGGUCGGUGGCUCCAGCGAAGUCGAAGUGAACGAGAAGAAGGACCGCGUCAACGACGCCCUGUGCGCGACUCGUGCCGCCGUUGAGGAAGGAAUCGUCCCCGGAGGUGGCACCGCCCUGCUCCGUUGCAUCAAGGCGCUGGACAACCUCAAAGGUUCCAACGACGACCAGAAGGCCGGCAUCGACAUUGUGCGCCGCGCGCUGCACCAACCGUGCACCCAGAUCGCCAAGAACGCCGGCGUCGACGGAUCCGUCGUCGUCGCGAAGGUGCUCGACCUGCAGGGAGACUUUGGCUACGACGCCCUCAACAGUGAGUACGUUAACAUGAUCGAAAAGGGCAUCAUUGACCCGACCAAGGUCGUCCGAACCGCGCUCACCGACGCCUCCGGAGUCGCCUCGCUGCUCUCCACGGCCGAGUGCGUCGUGACGGAGGAACCAAAGGCCGAGGGCGCCGCCGGCGGCAUGCCCGGAAUGGGAGGCAUGGGAGGAAUGGGCGGCAUGGGAGGCAUGGGCGGAAUGAUGUAAUUCACAAGACUUUAAAUUCAGCUGUAAGACAAA